AUGAUCAUUCUGAACACCUUUGUGAGGUGCGUUUUAGCGUGUCUCGUGCUGUGCUGCAGCACAGCACGCUCCGCCGACACGAGCGGCACCACUCCUGCGUCGGCAAAGCAUUUGCAGACCACCUCUUUGCUAACGUGCAUGGAUAAUUCGCAGUUAACGGCGUCUUUCUUUGACGUGAAAUUCUACCCUGAUAAUAAUACUGUCAUCUUUGAUAUAGACGCUACCACGACGCUUAACGGCAACGUUACCGUGAAAGCGGAGCUGCUCACUUACGGACUCAAAGUCCUGGACAAGACGUUUGACCUUUGUUCCUUGGGCCAGGCGUCGCUUUGCCCCCUAAGCGCUGGCCGUAUCGAUGUCAUGUCUACGUACGAGAUCGACUCUUCCAUCACCAAGCAGUUCCCCGGCAUUGCUUACACGAUUCCAGACUUGGAUGCCCAGGUCCGCGUGGUGGCAUACGCCCAGAAUGAUACGGAUUUCGAAACCCCCCUCGCCUGUGUGCAGGCUAUCUUGAGUAACGGGAAGACAGUGCAGACCAAGUACGCGGCUUGGCCCAUCGCUGCUAUCUCCGGUGUGGGUGUGCUUACGUCCGGGUUUGUAUCCGUGAUCGGUUAUUCUGCCACGGCUGCCCACAUCGCGUCGAACUCCAUCUCGUUGUUCAUCUAUUUCCAAAAUCUGGCCAUCACCGCAAUGAUGGGUGUCUCAAGAGUUCCACCCAUUGCUGCCGCAUGGACGCAAAAUUUCCAGUGGUCUAUGGGCAUCAUCAACGCGGGAUUCAUGCAGAAGAUCUUCGAUUGGUACGUGCAAGCCACGAAUGGAGUCUCCAACGUCGUGGUGGCCAACAAGGACGUCCUGUCCAUCAGCGUGCAAAAGCGUGCCAUCUCUAUGGCCUCGUCGAGCGAUUACAAUUUCGACAGCAUCUUGGACGACUCGAAUCUGUACACCACCUCUGAGAAGGACCCCAGUAAUUACUCGACCAAGAUCCUCGUGCUGAGAGGUAUAGAAAGAGUCGCAUACUUGGCCAACAUCGAACUGUCCAAUUUCUUCUUGACGGGUAUUGUGUUUUUCCUUUUCUUCCUCUUUGUUGUUGUUGUGUCUUUGAUCUUCUUCAAGGCUCUGCUGGAAGUCCUGACAAGAGCAAGAAUCUUGAAAGAGACCUCCAAUUUCUUCCAGUACAGGAAAAACUGGGGCAGCAUCAUCAAAGGUACUCUUUUCAGGUUGGCCAUCAUCGCGUUCCCUCAGGUUUCGCUUUUGGCCAUUUGGGAGUUCACCCAGGUCAACUCUCCAGCUGUUGUUGUCGACGCGGUGAUAAUCCUAUUGGUCGUGACAGGGCUUUUGGUUUACGGAACUACAAGGGUUUUCAUCAAGGGAAGAGAAUCUUUGAGAUUGUACAAGAACCCUGCAUAUCUGCUUUACAGUGAUACCUAUUUUCUGAACAAGUUCGGGUUCUUAUACGUGCAAUUCAAAGCCGACAAGUUUUGGUGGCUUUUACCCUUCCUAAGCUAUGCGUUUUUGAGAUCGCUGUUUGUUGCUGUUCUACAAAACCAAGGUAAGGCGCAAGCGAUGAUCAUUUUCGUCAUUGAAUUGGCGUACUUCGUUUGUCUGUGCUGGAUCAGACCCUAUUUGGACAAGAGGACCAACGUUUUCAAUAUUGCCAUCCAUCUGGUCAAUUUGAUAAACGCAUUUUUCUUUUUGUUCUUCAGCAAUUUGUUCAAGCAACCCGCAGUGGUAUCGUCUAUAAUGGCGGUCAUUCUGUUCGUUCUGAAUGCAGUGUUCGCUCUAUUUCUACUAUUAUUCACUAUUGUCACCUGCACCUUGGCGUUGCUGCACAGAAACCCAGAUGUUCGUUACCAGCCAAUGAAAGAUGACCGUGUGUCUUUCAUCCCCAAGAUUCAAAACGAUUACGAUGGCGAAAACAAAAAUGAUUCCGAGUUGUUCGAAUUGAGGAAAGCCGUCAUGGACACCAAUGAAAAUGAGCAAGAAAAAACAUUCGGUGAUGAUACAUUCGGCAAAAAUGCGAAUACUACCACGAAUACAUCUAGACUGUUUGAUGACGAGACCAGUUCAUCCUCUUUCAAACAGAAUUCCUCACCCUUCGACGCCUCGGAAGUAACGGAGCAACCCGUCCAACCCGCAUCUGCUGUUAUGGGCACGGGUGGCGGCUUCCUAUCUCCACAAUACCAACGUGUCUCAUCCGCGUCUCACACCAAUCUGGUGCCGAAUAACAUGAGUGCGUCCAGUUUAAGGAAGCCCGAAUCAAGUCUUUAUGUGGGGAAUUCCAAUCAAUCAUAUUCGCAUUUUAACAACAACGGUAACAGCAACAGCGGCCGUAAUACCAAUCCAUACUUGUAA